UAUAAGUAUUUGAACCUCAGUUUGACUGCAAGGGAGGUGCUGUGCGUGUCGUUGUAAAGUGACACGUGUGGACGGGGUACAGACAGGGGCACAAUUAAAAAAAAAUCCCAAUUUGACGGGAAAUAGUUAUUUAUUUUUUUACCAAGACAUUGGAUUUAAGAAGACUGUUACUCAAGAUCGGCAAAGAUGGGACUUGGAGAAGGAAGGGACCAGUAUGAGCUGGCGGCGACAUCAGAACAGGCGGGGAAGAAGCCAAAGACCAAAAAGAAGGAUAAGGACAUGGAUGAGCUGAAGAAGGAAGUGGACCUGGAUGAUCAUAAGCUGACCCUGGAUGAGCUUAACCGCAAGUAUGGCACAGAUCUGACCAAGGGCCUGACGGGCGCCCGUGCUGCGGAGAUCCUGGCCCGGGACGGUCCGAACGCACUGACUCCUCCCCCCACCACCCCAGAAUGGGUCAAAUUUUGCAAGCAGAUGUUCGGAGGCUUCUCCAUGCUGCUCUGGACAGGAGCCAUUCUCUGCUUCCUGGCCUACGGGAUCCAGGCUGCCAUGGAGGAUGAGCCAGCCAAUGACAAUCUGUACCUGGGUGUUGUGCUGUCCGCCGUCGUCAUCAUCACUGGCUGCUUCUCCUACUACCAAGAGGCCAAGAGCUCCAAGAUCAUGGACUCUUUCAAGAACCUCGUCCCUCAGCAAGCCCUGGUGAUCCGCGACGGUGAGAAGAAGAGCAUCAACGCUGAGGACGUGGUCGUUGGCGAUCUGGUGGAAGUGAAGGGAGGAGACAGGAUCCCCGCCGAUCUGCGCAUCAUCUCCGCUCACGGCUGCAAGGUGGACAACUCCUCCCUGACUGGUGAAUCUGAGCCCCAGACCCGCUCCCCUGACUUCUCCAAUGAAAACCCCCUGGAGACCAGGAACAUCGCCUUCUUUUCCACCAACUGCGUUGAAGGCACGGCCCGUGGUAUCGUGAUCAACACUGGUGACCAUACCGUGAUGGGCAGAAUCGCCACCCUGGCCUCUGGCCUGGAAGUCGGACGUACUCCCAUCUCCAUCGAGAUCGAGCACUUCAUCCACAUCAUCACGGGCGUGGCUGUCUUCCUGGGCGUGACCUUCUUCGUCCUCUCCCUCAUCCUGGGUUACUCUUGGCUGGAGGCCGUCAUCUUCCUCAUCGGAAUCAUCGUCGCCAAUGUGCCCGAGGGGCUCCUGGCAACUGUCACUGUGUGUCUCACCCUGACGGCCAAGCGCAUGGCCAAGAAGAACUGUUUGGUGAAGAACCUGGAAGCUGUCGAGACCCUGGGCUCCACCUCCACCAUCUGCUCCGACAAGACCGGCACCCUGACCCAGAACCGUAUGACGGUGGCCCACAUGUGGUUCGACAACCAGAUCCACGAGGCCGACACCACGGAGAACCAGAGCGGGACCUCUUUCGACAGGAGCUCUGCCACCUGGGCUGCCCUGGCGCGCAUCGCUGGCCUGUGCAACCGUGCUGUCUUCCUGGCUGAACAGGAGAAUGUGCCGAUCCUUAAGAGAGAGGUUGCAGGUGAUGCCUCUGAGUCUGCUCUGCUGAAGUGCAUUGAACUGUGCUGUGGCUCUGUGAAAGACAUGAGAGAUCAGUAUAACAAGAUUGCAGAAAUCCCCUUCAACUCCACCAACAAGUACCAGCUCUCCAUCCAUAAGAACCCCACCUCUUCUGAACCCAAUCACAUCCUGGUGAUGAAGGGAGCCCCGGAGAGGAUCCUGGAUCGCUGCUCCACCAUCAUGAUCCAGGGCAAGGAGCAGCCCCUUGAUGACGAGAUGAAGGAUGCCUUCCAGAAUGCCUACCUGGAGCUGGGUGGCCUGGGAGAGAGAGUGCUGGGAUUCUGCCAUUUUGCUCUCCCUGAUGAUCAAUUUCCGGAGGGCUUCCAGUUUGACACUGACGAGGUGAACUUCCCCACUGAGAAUCUGUGCUUCGUUGGCCUCAUGUCCAUGAUUGAUCCGCCCCGUGCCGCCGUACCCGAUGCUGUGGGCAAGUGCAGGAGUGCUGGAAUCAAAGUUAUCAUGGUGACCGGCGAUCAUCCAAUCACUGCCAAGGCCAUUGCCAAGGGUGUGGGUAUCAUUUCUGAAGGCAACGAGACUGUUGAAGACAUUGCUGCUCGUCUGAACAUCCCUAUUCAUGAAGUCAACCCCAGAGAUGCCAAGGCCUGUGUAGUCCAUGGUGGAGACCUGAAGGAUCUGACCUCAGAACAGCUGGAUGACGUCCUUAAGCACCACACCGAGAUUGUGUUCGCCAGGACUUCUCCCCAGCAGAAGCUGAUCAUUGUGGAGGGCUGCCAGAGACAGGGUGCCAUUGUAGCUGUGACGGGUGAUGGUGUCAAUGACUCCCCCGCUCUGAAGAAGGCAGACAUUGGUGUUGCUAUGGGCAUCGCCGGCUCGGACGUCUCCAAGCAGGCCGCUGACAUGAUCCUACUGGACGACAACUUCGCCUCAAUCGUGACUGGAGUGGAAGAAGGCCGUCUGAUCUUUGAUAACUUGAAGAAAUCCAUUGCCUACACCCUGACCAGCAACAUCCCUGAGAUUACUCCCUUCCUCCUCUUCAUCAUCGCUAACAUCCCCCUGCCUCUGGGUACCGUCACCAUCCUCUGUAUCGACUUGGGCACUGACAUGGUUCCUGCAAUCUCUCUGGCCUAUGAAGCUGCUGAGAGCGACAUCAUGAAGAGACAGCCCAGGAACCCCAAAACGGACAAGCUGGUGAACGAGAGGCUCAUCAGCAUAGCCUAUGGCCAGAUCGGGAUGAUCCAGGCUCUGGCUGGUUUCUUCACCUACUUUGUCAUCCUUGCUGAAAAUGGCUUCCUUCCGUCCAGACUGCUGGGAAUCCGUGUGGAAUGGGACAACAAGCAAGUCAACGACCUUGAGGAUAGCUAUGGCCAGCAGUGGACCUACGAACAAAGAAAGAUAGUGGAGUUCACCUGCCACACCGCCUUCUUCACCAGCAUUGUGGUGGUGCAGUGGGCCGAUCUGAUCAUCUGCAAGACCCGGCGAAACUCUGUCUUCCAGCAGGGCAUGAAGAACAAAAUCCUCAUCUUUGGACUGUUUGAAGAGACAGCCCUGGCUGCCUUCCUGUCUUACUGCCCAGGAAUGGACAUCGCCCUCAGAAUGUACCCUCUCAAACCAAACUGGUGGUUCUGCGCCUUCCCCUACUCCCUCCUGAUCUUCAUUUACGACGAAAUCCGAAAGCUCAUCAUCCGACGCAGCCCAGGCGGUUGGGUGGAACGCGAGACCUACUACUAAAGCAUCCCGUCUGCAUCACUCAGUUAUUUUGCAUGGUUGUCUUGCUGCUCGGAGAUUUAACCUCAGUAACUUCUGGAUGUGUUUUUAUAUAGAGAAUGCUUGACACAAAAAAACUGAGAUCGUGAACCAAGAGAUUGUGUGCCUUUGUUCUGGAGCAGGACAAAUUUUAUACAUGUUUUUAAGAGUGUAAUAUAAACUAAACUCUCAGUCAGGUCCGAUUGGACUGGAAUUUACAUUUUUUUUUACUGAGAGACCGACAAUUUUCUGGUUCAUUAGCCAUCUCUGCAUGUUCCAUGUUACAGGAGUAGUCCGAAUAACUCCCUUUGUCAUGCAGUAAAGGAAGUCUUGGUUUUUGCUCAAAUAUUGUCAUCUGUUACAACCUUCGAAAUGUUGCCAGUUGCACUUGCUGUGCUGAAAGUAUGGUCUACACUUCCAGACAUGGACAGCCUGGGUUUCCUUACUGUUGUAGUUUUUUGCUCUUGAUACAAAGUAAAUUGAACUGUAAAAAGGUUUGAAAAAUCUGCAAUAAAAACACUAUCAA